AUGGACGGAAUUCCGAUAGACGCUCUCGAUGAACCCUAUUAUUUUCGAAAUCGAAAACCAAUGAAUCAGGCCGAAUUUGAUGACACCUACAAUUUGACCCGAAAACCGCCAUCAAAAUUCAACGUGAAAAGACGAAGCUGGAAAAUUGCGAAAAGAUAUGUGAGCCCGUUCAUGUCGAUCACCAAUUUUCGAAAAUUCAUUUUCGACCUGAUUCCUAUCCUCAAAUGGCUUCCCGAAUAUGAUUGGAAGUCGAAUUUCUUGUCGGAUCUCAUUGGUGGCCUCACUGUUGGGAUCAUGCAUGUUCCACAAGGAAUUGCCUACGCAGUAAUCGCCAAGCAGGAUCCAAUAGUCGGCCUCUACACUUCCUUAUUUCCUGGAUUCUUCUAUUUAUUCUUUGCAACUUCCCGUCAUGCUAGUCUAGGGACCUUCGCCGUUGUUGCCCUGAUGACAGGCCUAGCCGUCGAGCGAGAAUCAGUGUUAUCAUUGGAUUCCCUAGAACAGAAUCGAACCUCCGAUGUCGAUCUACCUUCCCGCCUGGAAGUCUCAUGUGCUCUAGUGUUCAUGGUCGGCGUUAUUCAGUUUAUAAUGGCUCUAUUCAACCUCCAAUUUCUAACAACCUACAUGUCUGAUGAGCUGAUCACUGGAUUCAGUACUGGUGCGGCAAUGCAUGUUCUAGUUGCGCAAUUUAAGCAGUUUUUUGGGAUGACGACCCUCAAAAAGCACAGUGGUCCCGGCUAUAUUAUUCAGACAGUAAUCGACGUGAUUCUGAAUCUUCCGAAUGCGAACAUUGUGACAACGAUCAUUGGAAUCGCGACAAUGAUAUUCGUCUAUAUCGGCAAGGAAUAUCUGAAUCCGAUGUUCAAGAAGAAGACGAAAACCAAAAUUCCGAUCCCUUUUGAGCUUAUCGCUGUGAUCAUUUUCACAAUAAUAAUGAGCGUGACGAAUUGGCAUCGAGAAUUCAAUGUUCGAGUUGUUGAGCAUAUUCCAACUGGUUUUCCCGAUAUCACGAUUCCGCGAUUCGACGUGAUGGAUAAUAUUCUACCCGACGCGAUUAGUAUUUCGGUUGUGGCCGUCGCCGUUCAUUUGUCGCUCUCAAAAAUGUUCGCGAAGAAGCUCGCCUACGAGAUCGAUUGUGGGCAAGAGCUCUACGCUCUUUCGAUAUCUUCGGUCGCUUCCAGCUUCUUUCCAACAUUUCCAGCGUCGUGCGCUGUCGGAAGAACUAUUGUUGGUGUCGAGACGGGCAUCAUCUCGCAGAUAGCCACCGUCGUCGCUGCCGGCUUCGUUUUUCUGGUGUCGCUAUACUUUGGAAGAUUUCUCGAAGCAUUGCCAAUGUGCGUCUUGUCUGCAAUCAUUCUCGUCGCUGUCAAAGGGAUGGUCUACAAAUUCAAAGAGUUGCCGCGUCUUUGGCGACUGUCGAAACCCGAUUUUCUUGUCUGGAUUGUUGCCUGCCUCGCCACCGUCCUAAUCGAUGUUACAGAAGGGCUUGUUGUUGGAGUCGUCUUUGCUCUUCUAUCAACAAUUGUCAGAGAGCAAUACCCGAAAUGGAGGAUUCUUGCGAAUCUCUCGGAUUCGUCCGACUUCUUCGAUGAUGAUCGUUACCAGAAGGUUGUCUAUUAUAAGGGGAUCUGCAUUUUUCGAUUUGACGCUCCUUUAUUAUUCUAUAAUGUUGAAUGUUUCAAGAAAUAUGUCGAAAAAGCGUAUAAUGAAUGGAAGCGAUCGCAUGAAUUUUUUGUGACGAAACACGACGAGAAGCUGAGCACAAAAACGCUUUCUGAAUUUGCGCCGCUAGAAAAUGUAUUAUCAAGGCAUCUCAUUAUUGAUUGCUCCGGGUUCACUCUAAUUGAUCUGAUGGGAGUUAAUGCGAUCAAGGAGGUCUUCUCUGAUAUGAGAAAACAGAAUGUGCUCGUCUAUUUCGCCAAUGUUCGCCCGAAUAUUCUUGGAGUGCUCGAAAGAUGUGAGAUUUUCGACAUAGUCGCAAAAUCGAAUUUUUAUCCGACGAUUCGCGACGCCACCGAAAUUGCGAAGCAGAGGCAGAAGGAACUGGGCAUCACAAAUAUGGCAUAUGUCAAAGAGGACAAUGAUUGGAGAGAGAUCUACAGUGUUACUGAUUUAUAA